CAAAUGUCUCCACCUUUCUCUCUAUAGAUACCAUUCAAUACACUUAUUGAUACAAUUGAUGGUGGUCUGGAUACAGAUACCCCGCCAGUUGUCUCAGUCCUUCCUGGACUCUCCAAAAGCAGCUAUCUCUUCUCAAACAAUCAAAUGGAAAAUAUAGUUGGGACAGUGUAUGAUGCUUGUAACUCCUUCAUGUUACUAACUGAGGUAUCAGAAGGACAGUUAGAGGCCAGCAGAGCAAUAUCAGUGAUACCUGAUGCCAUCAUUAGAAAAGACAAGAGAAACCCGUACAGCUUCUCACUCAAUAACCUUCACAUGUGUGGUACUGGUAAUCUCACUGUAGUGCCACCAUUAUCACCAUCAAAGGAAGAGACUACACCAGGUAAGAGCCCAAGAUUGAAGCACAAGCAAAGAUCAAAGUCAGUUUGGGGAGGAGGGGCACGCCCACCAAGUGUUGACGCUAAAUCCCAAACCAUGAAUUACCUGUCUCGCUCUAGUGCCCUCCCUCAGUCUCGCUCUAAUCCUCUUGAUAUCACGAGGGUCUCUCCCAGCAGUGGGGGGCUGGAGUCACCAUUCUCUAUGCUGCCUCAGGAGGUGUUGAUUGCGUCUGUUUGGAACCAGGGACACUCCCCGUCUCGUGCUAGCUGGAAUAUACAACUGAUGACAGAGGAAGAGUUUAUUCGUGAGCGAUCCUCCCUUGGGGCAGUCCCUGUUGACCCCUCCCUCUCAUUAAUGGCCACUCCUCCUCCCAUCCCUCAAUCCCCCACUAGCCUCAAGACUCUAACUAACUCAACGGAAGAGAAACUAAAGCUCUCAGUGUCAGUAGGAUCAAGGAACAGAGAGGAGGAGGAAGAAGAGGAUGAGAAAGUGUCUUCUACUUGUUUAUUACCGACAGUAACUAAAAACGAGGAGCUUGUGGAAAAGGAAAGUUUUAUAGAAAAGGAAGCAUAUAUUGAAAAUGAAAUUUUUGUCAAGAAAGACGAGAAGGAACAGUUACAAGAUCACGAAGAUGACAUGAAGUUCAUGGAAGAAUCUUCUCGGGAGCAUUUGGACAGAGAUGGUGGUGGUAGGUGGAGCUCGGAAGAGGGCGUGGCCGAAGACAAGAGGAGUGUGAGAUCCUGGAGCCCCGAGACUUACAAUGGUAGCAUCACUACUGAAGACGAUGAGGAAACAAAUGUUCAGAAGACUGAUGGAGACGACGACCUUAAAUUUAACUUUGCGAAGAGCUGUGAGCCGUUUAUUAACAUUGAAUUAGACCAAGGCCCAUCACUCUCUGCAUCAGUUCCAUCAGUACCAACAGCAAUUACCCCUCCAGUUAAAAAAGGCCUCAAGUCGUGGCUAGGGAAGAAGAUAUCUAGAAAGAAGAGACGAGACGAGUUGGGGCUGGAGCUUGAGUCUCCGCCCAGGGUACGUCAGGGCUCUUAUACCCAGAGAACCAAACACAUAACGGAUAAAUACGUCAAGAUCAGCAAAGAGAAGAGAGCGUCACAGCCUGCCCCACCUGCCCCAACCACGCCCGAUCAACCAGUCAAUCACAUCUUGCACGAUCACAUACCAAAGACUGUCGAGGAUUUCAUACCGUCGACCCUUUACCAGCAGCUCAAGUACAAGCUAACGAUACUGCUGCAGCAGAUUCACCUACCCGAGUUUGAUACUCGUGGGCUUGAAGAGGAGGAGAGAGAGGUGGACGAGAGAGGAAGGUGUAAAGAGGAACUCCUCCAGAUAUUGAAGGUUGUUAGACACUCGGUACUAUGGAGAGACGACUAUUCGGAGACCGGCGUACUGGAUGAGGUCAUUGGUCAACUGGAGUACCUGGAUAACACCUGUGUUCUGGUCCUGUUGCAAGGAGUAAGAGAGAAUCACGAGGCUCAUUUGGAGUAUCUGAAGUAUCUAAUGUCACUGCAGCAGCAGUGCUAUGACGCUUCACUACAAGUUAACUCAGUACAGACUGUGAUUGACAGGACUAGACAGUUGCAGUUGGAGUCAUUUCUUAAUUUCUCAAUGUCGACGUUCUGUGAGGAGAGAUCAGCCAAAUUAGGACAAGUGAAAAAAGACUUGGAAAACUGCAGCACCUCAGAUGAGAAAUGUGCUCUAGUACAAGACCUCAGGGAAGCAUUCAAGAUAUCACUAGAGAGAGACGUGAAUUGGACAGUUUUGUCUGAUGGGGAUGAGUUGGAUCUGGUUCACAGGAUGUGCGAUGACCAUAUAUUCACUCACUUAUUCAAGUACAUCUUCCAUCCUAACGGGGAGUCUGAUAAACAGAGAGAUGAAGUAUUUUAUAAGCACAUUGAGUCGAUAUCAGAGACGAUUACACCUCAGCAUCGUUUAUUGAAGAUACCCUCCGUGUACUAUUCUUCUUGUCCAUGGCAGCCAGUACAAGAUAUUCUAUUGAAUAUGUCAAUAUAUAAAUCUCCUCAUGCUAAGCUCCAUUGUAUUACCAAAGCCUGUAAGCUCCUCAUUCGGCUGCUCCAGUUGGCUCGGUGUGGUGACCCUCCAGGGGCUGAUGACACUUUCCCUGUUCUUGUGUACAUACUAAUAAAAGCUAAUCCUACCAGCCUCCUAUCCACAGAGCAAUACAUUAAGGUUUUCUACGAGGACUCGUUGAGCGGAGAGACUGCUUACUGGUGGACCCAGUUCUGCAGUGCCAUCGGGUUUUUAAGAACUCCAGAAUUCACUCAACAAUAAAUAAAUUUUUUUAUUUUUAAUUACAUAAUUAUUAUUAUAUACCUAAAACUGCUUAAAUUUUAAACCACAGCCUUCGGCAGUAUGACACCUUUCAUUAUUAUUGUUAUAUUAUUAUUCGGAAUUAUUUCUGCUGGAUUUUAUUCGUCACAAAAAUAA